AUGGCUGGGGUAUUUGGAUACAGCAUACCUACUGAACUUCAGAGUGGAGCCAGUUCUGGGUUCGGACCAAUGCCAGCUUGUAGAAUAUACACUGGGUCAACACCCAGGCGGGUUCAUCCUUACAUGGGAUACAGCGCAGGCAGUCAUGUUCAUGGAGAAAAUUUUGGCACAGAGCUUUGUGUUACGAACAAUGUUACUGGUGUAACAGAGCCAGGGAAAUAUUUAUCGGGCAGUGGACCCGUUUGGGGAACAGGUGCCUUUUUAGCAAACAGUUUAUAUAACCAAGACCUUUUAUCACUAAACGCUCAGACAUUCAAUACAAAUGUGCCACAGAAUCUUAGUGUUCCUACAGCCGAAGCUGGAUCAAGCUUUCCAACUUCGUUAUCUGCCACCAGAAAAGACCGGAACCAUCCGUUGUAUUCGCGAAAGCGCGUGGAACCAGCGGAGAGUAUGACUAGAAAGAAGGAUAAAUACAGGGUGGUUUACACAGAGAAACAGAGAAAAGGACUGGAAAAAGAGUACAACACAAACAAGUUUAUUACAGCAGAGAGGAAGGCAAAGAUUUCAGAAGAACUGAAUUUAUCUGAAAGACAGAUAAAGAUAUGGUUUCAAAAUCGAAGGGCUAAGGAAAGAAGAGAUUCUAGAAAAGGCAAAGACACAGAACAGACAGGGAAUGGUACUGAAGUCGAUAACAAUACUAUAGACAGUUUAGCGGGAGCCGAUUUCUCUACUUCCUGUCGUUUUACCGGAAGCGAAGUCCAAUCCGAAGAGAUGCUAUACAGUUCUGGACAGUGUCGUUUCAUGAAUAAAUCUGAAUCAGGCGAAACCAACACCUUUAGAUCUGCAUCUUCAAAUGCGUGUUUCUUCACGUCACGUGAUUCUGGAGCAUUGCGACAUUCUGCAUCUCCCUUGGGAUUGAGUGCAUUAACCGAAAACAGGUUCCUGUCAUCAUUAGAUGUUUCACCAUUGACAGGAAAUUUAAAUUUUGAUAUCGAAUUGAGAUUAUGA